GAAUGCGACUUCAAGGGCGUGCCCGAGCCCUUCUCCCUGAACAUGGAGCCGCCUGGCCAGUGCUCCAUGCGGGUGUUCAUUGUCAGGAAACCCGACGGCAAGCACGACAUCUUGAAGGGCGUGAACCUCCUGGGGGCGCCGGCCAGGGCGGACUCGUGCGUUCGCGUGUGUCGCGGGGCUGGUCUGAUAUGGCGCUAUGGCAACCAGUUUAGGUUUGGCCGCUUGACCGUGCAGUACAUGCUGGAGAAGCUGAAGGGCUACCAGCUGCGCUACUACACCGUGGUCCCCAAGGCUGGCAAGGGCGCUGCCAGGAAGACGGCCGUGUGGGAGCUCAAUGAGGCAGGGUGCAUGUUCAUGCGUCAUAAGGGGCCGCGCACCAACUCUGCCGACCAGUUCGUGGUGUUCGCGGAUCGGGGGAGCUCUCGGCCAGAAUCCCCCAUCUUCGGCUGGGAGGAGAGUCGCAUCGAGAGUGCCCUCAACAAUAAUGCGACAGGCAGAGCAAACGCCAGGGGCCUCGAGACCAAGGUCUUGGCGAUUCGCGACUUCGACCCUUGGUUCCUCAAGAAUGUGAUCAGGCCCAUCCUGGCCCUGGCCUUCAUGAAGAGCCGCGUGGAGAUCGAGCUGGAACAGUCUGGAGAAGGCGACGCGGGGGAGCUUGUCCCGACGAUCGUGACCGCCAAGCACGAUUUCUUCAAAGGUGAGUCAGCGACCCGCGUCAGGCCCGCCAUCUUUGACGGCGGCGGGUCGGCUGAUCAAACGGCGUCUAUCCUGAGGGCCUUCCUGAGCCCGAGCGAGGAAGACGCCGCGAUCUGGUCUCGGUGGGGUCGCUCCGAGUUCGACGCUGGACCCCCCGUCAG